UUCAACGUUGCAAAGUACUCUGUUUCCCCGGACUUGAAAUAUGUGCUCUUUGCCUAUGAUGUUAAACAGGUUUACCGGCAUUCAUACAUGGCCUCAUAUAGCAUUUAUAACAUUCACACAAGGGAGGUAUGGGAGUUGGACCCGCCGGAGGUGCUUAACUCUGUUCUGCAGUACGCUGAAUGGGGAGUGCAGGGCCAGCAACUGAUCUACAUAUUUGAGAACAAUAUUUACUACCAAUCAGAUGUGAAGAGCAACUCACUCAGACUGACAUCCUCUGGAAAGGAAGGGGUCAUCUUCAAUGGGAUUGCUGACUGGCUGUACGAAGAGGAGAUUCUCCAGUCCCAUGUGGCCCACUGGUGGUCACCCGAUGGAGAGAGAUUGGCCUUUCUGGUUCUCAAUGACACUCUGGUGCCAAAUAUGGCCCUUCCUCGCUUCACUGGGUCUUCAUACCCCAAGGGAAAGCAAUACCCCUACCCUAAGGCGGGCCAACCAAACCCCACAGUGAAGUUAUACGUGGUGAAUUUAUACGGGCCGACCCAUACUCAGGAGCUCACACCACCAGACAGCCUCAAAAUAAGGGAGCACUAUGUAGCCAUGGUCAAGUGGAUCAGUAAAACCAAGACAACGGUCAGGUGGAUGAGCCGUGCCCAGAAUGUGUCAAUCCUGACCGUGUGUGACACCACCACAGGGGCCUGUGUUAAGAGGCAUGAGGAGACCUCAGAGCUCUGGCUUUCCAAGCAGAACCAGGAACCAGUGUUCUCCAGGGACGGCAGCAGAUUCUUCCUGACAGUGCCCGUCAAGCAAGGGGGGCGCGGAGAGUUCCAUCACAUCGCCAUGUUCACCACACAGUUCAGAGCAGAUCAAAAUGAAGUCCGCCAUCUUACGUCAGGGAACUGGGAAGUAACUAAGAUCCUGGCCUAUGAUGAGAGCAACGACAACAUUUAUUUCCUCAGCACUGAAGGCUCACCACGGAGAAGACAGCUUUUCAGUGUGAAGACUGUGGGGUUGUUCCCUCGACACUGUCUGACGUGUGAGCUAAAUAAGGCCCACUGUCUGUUCUUCAAUGCUGAGAUAAACCCCAGUAAUCAGCACAUCCUUCUCCACUGUAAAGGUCCGGGAGCACCCACUGUGAUCUUACACAGCCUCAAUAAUGCCAAUUACUACAUCCUUGAGAACAACUCUUUACUGAAGGCGGCUUUGAAGAUCAAGAGGAUUCAAAUGACGGACUUCAGAACAAUCCAGAUAGAACAUUUUGAUCUUCCUUUGAAGAUCUCCUACCCACCAGACUUUUCUGAAUCACGUCACUAUGGCCUGCUUCUGGUCGUCGAUGGCUCCCCUGGUGGCCAGGCUGUGAGCGACCGAUUCAUUCUGGACUGGGACUCGGUUCUGGUCAGCUCGGAUAACAUCAUUGUGGCUCGUCUAGACGGCAGAGGGAGUGGCUUCCUGGGCCAGAGGGUUCUACACGAGGUCCACCAACGUUUGGGGACAGUAGAGGUGCAGGAUCAAAUCUCAGCUGUGGAAUACAUGUUGACCUUCCCGUACAUUGAUCGUACACGGAUAGGAGUAUUUGGGAGGGGUUAUGGUGCCUAUAUUACAUUAAUGAUGCUCAAAUCAACAGACAGCCUGUUAAAAUGUUCCGUAGCAAUGUCCCCAGUCACAGACUGGAAACUUUAUGCAUCAGCAUUUUCUGAGCGGUACCUUGGCAUGCCAUUACGGGACGACAGCAGAUAUCAGUUCUCCAGUGUGUUGCAGAAUGUCCAGCCACUGAGGGAACAGACUCUGAUGCUUGUACACGGCACAGCAGAUGCCAAUGUCCACUUUCAGCAUACUGCUGAGCUCAUUAAGAACCUUGUGAAAGUUGGAGCAAACUACUCGAUGCAGAUCUACCCAGAUGAGGGUCAUUUCCUGUCCCAGAGAAGUAGGCUGCACCUCUUUGCCUCGCUCACCAGCUUCUACAGGGAGUGUCUCAAGGAAGAGAUCCUACCGCUGCCCGAUGAUGAUGAGGAGGAGGAAGAGUAGGAUGUGGUGGAGACCUUCGGCAGGACUUUUGCAGGACUUCCUCACUGUAAAAAAAUUGCUGAAGCCUGCACGAAAGGCUGGUGGCUUUUGGACCAAGUGUUAAGGCAGAGGUGGACAGUGAGAGUUGCGGCGUGUGUGUGUGGGUAUGUGCGUGUGUGUGCAAAUCACAUAGCUUGUGUUAAUUUGAGAGAGAGUUUGAUAGUGUUUGUGCGUGUGCCUGCGUAUGUUUGUGUGUGCAGUCAGAGAACUCCCAAGGACACCUGUCAAAGACAAUGGACACCAGAAUUGGCAAGACUACAAGUGGGAACUCUCACUUAUCCAAAAUGCCACUUCAAUCUCCACCUCUGAGACAAUCCCUCUCACGGCAAAGCACAUAGCAGACUGCCUCCAUCUCCGGCAGGAGCCAUUAGGGUUUUAACAUCCACACUUACAAGUGCAUGGUUCUUUUCCCCUUUCAGCUAAACUAGUUUUGCCAUGUUAGUUUUCAUCGUGGUAGACAUUGGAAGAGACAAACACAUAUGUACCCUUUUAAAUUGUACCCUCUCUUUAUUUUGGGGUUUUGAUGCACACGGAUAUGCUCCACUGCUCUUCAGAGACAUACUGUAGGCAAUGCAAGUUCACCUUGACUGUGACGUUGUCCGCAAAUAAGUGCAAUUCCGGCUGAAUGCUCUCAUCUUUGACCCCCACUGACAAUAAGUCCUUUGGGGCACACUUAAUUGUACAAGGGUCUCAUGUAGACAUGUUCAAUGCCUUAUGAAGUGCUACACAAGACCAUUUACUGGCAUUCAUAUCCCUUGAUUAUUAGAAGCUUCACACUAACCUGUGUCAGCUCAGUUGUUUGAGAUGCAACAUGCCAGUGCAGUCUCAGAGACAGUCAAUAGCAGUUGUAAUGUCAGGUCAUAAACCAAUUAUAAUUAGGGGUGAGUGGUCACAAAGGCCGUCACAUGACAUUGUGCAGGGCUAAGUAAGGCGUUUGCAUGUCUACAGGGGGAAGCCUAAAGUAUUGUCGUAUUUUGUACAGUACAAUACAGCAGAGUGUGUACAUACAUAUAUUUUUUAGAUAUGUCAGAUCUCAUGGAUAGGUUAGUCUAUGGGAAUGGAAUGACUUGACAUGUAUGUCGUGUAUAUUUUUCAGUUAAUUUUGGUUUUAAUAGAUUUUUCUUCUUAGGAUGGAUUUUGUAAUGCUUGUUCAUGCUAAUUUUGUUGUUUUUGAAGGGGGGUGGGGUGGUGAUGGUUUGGGGUUAUUGUGAUUGUCCUCCAGUGAUGAUUGUGAA